CAUCCGACCUUUUGACGGAUUGUCCUUUACUCUCUCUCAAUCAACGAACCAAGUCAAGAUGGGUCGCGGUCCAAAGAAGCAUCAGAAGCGUCUCAGUGCGCCUUCGCACUGGCUUUUGGACAAGCUCUCGGGUGCCUAUGCUCCCAAGGCAUCCCCUGGGCCUCACAAAAGCCGUGACUGCCUCCCCUUGAUUGUCUUCCUCCGAAACCGCCUCAAGUACUCCUUGAACAACCGCGAGACCAUGGCGAUUCUGAUGCAGCGUCUCAUCAAGGUCGAUGGGAAGGUCCGCACCGACAUCACCUACCCUGCGGGUUACAUGGACGUGAUCUCGAUCGACAAGACGGGCGAGCACUUCCGGCUUGUCUACGACACCAAGGGCCGCUUCGCCAUCCACCGCAUCGAGCAGGCCGAGGCAGAAUACAAACUCGGCAAGGUCAAGAGAGUGCAAGUCGGCAAAGGAGGCAUCCCAUACUUGGUUACGCAUGAUGCUCGCACUAUCCGAUACCCCGAUCCGGCCAUCAAAGUCAACGACACUGUCAAGAUUGACCUCACCACUGGAAAAAUUACCGACUUCAUCCGAUUCGAUACCGGUGUGAUCGCCAUGGUUACUGGUGGUCGUAACAUGGGCCGUGUCGGUGUCAUCACGCACCGUGAGCGACACGACGGUGGCUUCAACAUUGUCCACAUCAAGGAUGCCAUUGACAACUCGUUUGCGACUCGAGAGAGCAACGUCUUCAUUAUCGGCAAGGAGAAGCCGUGGAUCAGUUUGCCCAAGGGCAAGGGUGUCAAGUUGUCCAUUGCCGAGGAGAGAGAUCGUCGCCGUGCUGUUCAGAUGGCCAACCCUCGAGUGUAGACACUUACCACUCAUGCGGUGGAAUCGUACAGCUUCUGGGGAGGCAUGGAGGAGAGGAUCCUUGGAGAAGAAAUGCUUUUUGCGCAAAGCACAAACAUGAAAUUCGUGCAACUGUAAGCUCAGGGCAGAGAUCCCUUGAGAAACGUCGGCCCAUAUGGCUGAAAUGGCAAUCCAAAGAUACCUCAAGACCACCUAACCUGA